AAUAAGCAAAUGGAAAUAGAAAGGGGAGGAGAUGGAGAGUAUAAAAGACACAUCAAGGUGGACGCUUAGAAGUGCGAAGAGGUCUAGAGAAACAAAUACCAGUAUGGGAGAAAAUACUACGAAAAAGUCCAAAGCAGAGUUUGCUGUCAACAUCGCAAUGACUACAGAAGUGUUCUCCAAGAUGGAGCCACAGGACCACACUGCCUUCUCCUUCAUUAAGGCCCUGGAGGCAGUGAAUGCUAAACUUAGAGAGCAUUACCCUGACAGCGAGGAGCUCUUUAAGGUGAUACUCAUCCAUGAUGACUCAGCAGAUGCACCCAUGGAUACCAUCAGGGAACAAGGUCUGGAGGAACUCAUCACUAUCGUGCCUGUGAGAGGAAAGAAUCUUGUUGAUGAAUUACAGAAAAAUAAUACCCACCUGUACCUGUGUACUGAACCAGGAUGGAAGGCUCAAGAAGCAGCAAACAAAGGUAUAGCAACUGGUAUCGUGUCCAUCCCAGAGAACAUGAGGAUGCAAAAGGAUCAGCUGCGUUUCGCCUUUGAUGGUGAUGCUGUCCUCUUCUCUAAUGAGUCAGAACUUGUUUUCAAGAGCGAUGGAUUAGAAGGAUACUUGAGGAGCGAGACAAAAAAUGUUGAAGUUCCAAUGGGACCGGGACCAUUCAAAAGAUUCUUGGAGGUGUUAGUGAGGCUGCAGAGGAAGUUGUAUGAUAAAGGCAUGUACAAGGACUGCCCCAUGCGCACCUACCUGGUGACAGCACGCGACCCAGGAUUUGCCGGGUACAGAAUCUUAAACACUCUGCGUCUGUGGGGUGUUGAGAUUGAUGAAGCUGUAUUUCUUGGAGGGACAAACAAAGGUCCCACUCUGGAGAAGAUCAGCCCCCACAUCUUCUUUGAUGACCAGCAGCGUCACGUUGAUGCUGCACUGGCGGUCGGCACAGUGGGCAGCAAGGCGCUCUAUCACUCACAGUGACCAUAAGGCAAUUAAUUCUGUGAGCCAGCUCCUGAAAUGUUAUAGUGGAUAGAAAAAUGAGAACUAGAACACCAUGUCACCAAUACAUCAAUAAAGAUAUAAUGAAUGAACGUA